GCUCGUUCAGCAGAAUCAGCGAACACCCCAGUCUGAAUCCACGACAGUUCCCUCCCCCGCGUAACUAUGCACUAUUGCUAUUCCUUCUGUUUCAGUUGAGCUCAGGCGCAUGGCGGCUCUCACAAUUGGUAUCGCUAUGAAUCUCGGAGACACGAAGUCACUGCAUCCGUUCUUCAGCAAAACCCAAGAUACGGACUAUCGAGCAACAAACACCCCCAAGCCUCAUCAGGAUCCUACUCUACAGGGCCAAGAGCGCUUCUCAGCGUCGGAUGCCGGAUCUGAAGAAGUCAGGAAUGAGCCUUCAAAGACGCGCGAGCCUCGUCAAAGAAAGUCACUCGGGCAACAGGCAGUAUCCGCAGAAAGCAAAGCACUGCUAGAGAACUUCACAAAGAACCCGGAGCUCAACAGGUCUGAAGAAGCCUGUAGAUCAGCUAGCGCGGCGUGCGCUAUCAGCAUAGACCCAAGGAUCGAUGGAUAUUCAUCUGGAAGGAGACAAAAACGACGAAAGAUCAGUCUGGAACCUGGCGAUGGGGCGCAGGUAACCACGCCUGUCACGACAGGUUCCCCAUCGCCUAGGCUUGAGAAGCAGGAAGACCUCGGAAAUCUCCCAUCCAACGAGCCGAACCCAAAUCUUGAUUGGCGUCAGCAAUUACAAAAUGCAGCGGGCGAACCUCCUGCACGGAUUCUGGUGGAAGCUUCAAGCCCGACCACUUUCGUAGUCGACAUUCCACAGAGCAAGCAUAUUAUCCCAGCGACGCCCCCCGCCGAGAUGGAUUCUGCCUCUCUUUCCCCAGAGACACGUACAAGAAGAUCACCUAAAACUUCGAAUACAGAACAGUUGAAUGAUGAGUCGUCUAUACUAAAGCCGAUGCCAGCUGUAUUGAUCACCACCCCUAAAAAAAUGCUGCGAUUGAAUUCAAGUGGCAAGUUCAGCUCUCCCAUCUCAAAUUCGGCCGCUAAAGAAGGACGGAAUAAGGCCCCAAGGACUAGGUCGAAAGGCAAAGGCGUGAAGGCUAUUAGUUCUUGCAUUGCUAUCAUCCGCUACGGUACCAUAACUCACCCAAGCUCAAGUAAUUCGAGUUCGGUCGUUCUCCAGAUGGAUCGCGAACGUACAACAAAGAUUGGACAUGAGAUUGAUAGCAUCAUGAGCGGAACAUCAAGAGUUAUGGCUGCUACAGUCCAGACUCAUGAACUAAACAUCGUAGCUGCACCCGUCAGACCAAAAAACCAACCCAAAACAACGCAUCCAUUUUUCAUGGGCAAGCGCAAUGUAAAAGAUGAGAAUAAAUCUACAGUAGAAGCUCCUAAGACGCAAUACUCAAAGAGAAGUACUGUCACUCCUGGGAAGCUUCGAAGUGAUGCGAGAGUGGACGGCACGGACGCAGAAUCUAGUGGAUCUGGCAUCGCUCGCACAAGCACUGUGAAGCGCCCAGGCUCGUUAGAAGCACCAUGGCCAAGCAGAGGUAAUGCUCACACAAGAGGCUCCUUCGAACCGGAUUUGCCAGAUAGCCCGGGAUCUGGUCGUUCUGCUCUAAUCCGUAGACGAUUGAAAGCAAAUGCAACACAUAUCGUUGAAGAUGAGGACAUACUCCGUACUUUCGGACAAGCAUUGAGAAAGAUUCCAAUAUCAGAAGUUUGCGCUGAUAACGGAUUUCCACCACCGUCCAAGUCGAUACGCCUGCCACGAAGACAUGUCACCAAUGGAAGCGUAAUUCUUGACAAGGUCAAGCGCCAGCUUAGCGAUGUCCUAAGGGCCUCAGAUUCUCAACCAAACGCCUCAUCUACAGCGGUACUAGAGCCACACCCGGCAAUUUUUGGACUCCUGGACCAAUUUGAGGACACCUUAACCUCAUUUGACAGGGGCACGUGUGACACUCAAGCUUGGACGCACAAAUAUGCUCCAAAGAAAGCGUCCGACGUGCUUCAAAGCACACAGUCCAUGGCUAUUCUUCGGACUUGGUUGACAAGCCUCAAGGUCCAAUCAGUCGGUGGCGUAGCAAAAGACUUGUCGGAGAAGGCUCUUGGCAAGGGUAAACGUCAGAAGCCUGCGAAGAAGAGAAAGAAGACCAAUGAGCUGGAUGACUUCAUAGUCGAUUCGGAUAGCGCCAGUGAUCUGGAUGAGCUUACAGAUCCUGAAAAUGUAUCCGACGGGCCGUUCAAAAGACGCAAUGGCCCUAAGUCUCUGAUACGAAUAGGAGACUCAAACUCAAAAGGAUCGGUUCGGAAAUUAAAGAAUUUGAUCCUAAUUAGCGGUUCUCAUGGAUGUGGAAAGACUGCCGCAGUAUAUGCUAUCGCAAAAGAGUUGAAUUUUGAUGUCUUCGAGAUCAAUGCCGGCAGCAAAAGAAGUGGUAAAGAUAUCACUGAACGAGUCGGCGAUAUGACUGAAAAUCAUCUCGUCAGCAAUAGACAAGAUGAUCCACUGACGGUAAAUCUUGUCGAUUCGGACACCGAAAGAGCUGCAGAGGCUUUUCAGAAGGAUAUAGCAAGCGGUCGACAAGGGAUGAUGACGUCCUUUUUCCAAAAACAAGCCGGAGGGAAGAAGGCCCAGCCAGAAGCCAAAGUCGUGAAAGAAUCUCAAUCGAAAUCAGCACGUGUGGCGAGUCAGCUGGAGACGACAAUUCGUCAACGCAAGUCACAACAGCAGUCUUUGAUCCUAUUGGAGGAAGUCGACGUACUUUUUGAAGAGGACAAAGGGUUUUGGAGUACUGUUAUCGAUUUGGCAAUGCAGUCGAAGCGCCCAAUGAUUCUGACGUGCAACGACGAAAGUCUUCUUCCGAUGGCUGAACUUACCUUUGAGGCCGUCCUGCGAUUUACGCCUCCAUCCGAAAAGAUAGUCUCAGCAUAUCUUCUCCUGAUGGCUGCUCGUGAAGGCCAUAUUCUUGAUAGAAGAGAUGUGGUUUCGCUCUAUAGGGCUAAGAGCGAAGACCUUCGGGCUAGCAUUACAGAGUUGGAUUUCUGGUGCCAGAUGGCAGUUGGAGAUCGAAAAGGAGGGCUGGAGUGGAUUUAUCAACGGUGGCCGCCUGGUAAAGACGUUGACAGCGAGGGCAAGAUUUUACGCGUAGCAAGCGAAGGCACGUAUCUUAGCGGUAUGGGUUGGAUUGGACGCGACACUGUCCACGAAUCUGCGAUCACCGGUAUGGUCAUUGAGGAGGAGUUGACGAGACAGUUAUGGGACAAUUGGUUGGUCGACCCCGUCGACACCGCCCGCAUGUGUAGCACAUUCGCAUCGCCUCAGCAAGCUCCCACUUCCCAUUCGCGUGAGCAACUUGAGACUUUGGAUUUCCUAGCGGAAGGUCGUAGUGCAGCUGAUGUCUUCUGUCGUGUCGACCUUCCGGCCACACGUUCCGCUUUGGCGGAUACUACGCAACCCGCAAUUUCUGAGAAGGCCCGACUUAAUUACAUCUCUGGCCUGCCGCUUCUCCAGGCAGACCAUGUCAAUGACUACAGGAAUAUCGACACACAACUAGCCAUAGCUAUGGCUUUGAAAUUACAACACCUCUGCGAUGAUACGGGACCUAUGAAGGCUAGAGCCUCGUCCAUUGAGACCAAGUCUAUCGAUAUUAUACUCGCCAACAAACAAGCAGAGGCAAAUUUGCCCGACUUCUCGCCUGAGAACGUUUUGGUCACACUAAAUCCGAUCACCAUCCCACGUCAUGACCAGCUUUAUGUUGGUACACCAGCAAACUCAUGUAUUGUCGACCGGCCUCUCUCCCUCGUUGUAGUGGAUGUUGCUCCAUACGUUCGGAGUAUUGCCGCUGCCGACCUUAAGCUGGAAGCGGCUCGUCUGCGUCUUUCCAACUUGUUAUCCGAGGGCGGACGAGCUACUAAACGCGCACGUACUACCAGGGCCAGUCGCAGCGCACUAGAAGGAGGUGCAAGAGAGACUACGCGAAGAGAACGAUGGUUUCACAAAGACUUGAAUCUCACGGCCGUGUUGAAGACUGCAGGCGAGAGCUGGGCUGGGAUGAGCACCGAAGUCAAAGACGACGGGAGUGAUAUGAUGACCACGCUUAGUGGUAGCCAAAUUAAAAGUCAAUCAGCAAGUAGCCAAGAGGCUUAGAUUACUCACAUAUCAUGAUGCAUCACUAAAGGGGGGGCAGUGAGGCUGCGGACAUUUGAGAGUUUUGGCGUUCGAAAACAUCACAUCUAUAGAGCAUUUUCAGGGAAGGUCAUGCGACGAUGAGACGUAUUAUGUAGAAUAGAUGUAAAUCAUGCAGAC